CUUCACAUCCGCUUAAAAAAAAAACGGUUAUGAUUAGUAAAGGAAAUUUAAUUAUCUGGAAUAACCAUUUGCUCCGAUUAGAAAUUGUAGCAUAAUAUGUUUUUGUCAACGAAAAUGAAUGAUAAUUAGCUAGCUAUCAAAAAAUGGUUUGGCCAUCUGGUAACUUAUGUAAAUCGAGGACAAAUUGCUUGAAAUGAAGGACAUUCUUUGGAUGUUAAUUACUCGACAUGACUAAAAGUUGAUGAAUUUGAUCGGUGGAAGAUUUCGAAUUGGGUAUGGACGUAUGGUAUGUCAAAUUAAAGCUGGAACAAGCACUGAGUGCAGGGCGGAGAAGGUCGGGGUGAGGCUGGAGUGGCGGGAGGGAGAGAUCGGCGGAGGAGCGAAGACGGUGAUGGGGCCCAUCCCGGGGGUGAAAGUGGACGAGGCCAGGAACCGGAAGACGUGGUUCAACAUGAUGGUCGACGCCUACAUGUGCUGGGACGACGCUCUCAACGACCGGAAGAAGGCCGUCACGUUCGGCGACGGAGGCUACCUGCCGGAGGACGCCGUCCGCGGCUGCGAGAGGAUAUUUGAAGAGGAGAGCGUCGCCAUUCCUUGGAAGAAAGGCGACGUCUUGCUGAUCGAUAACCGCGCCGUGCUUCACGCUCGCAAUCCGUUUGACCCUCCUAGAAGAAUCCUUGCUUCCCUCUGCAAGUAGCCAAUUGAGCGAGGAGAGGAAAAUAAUGUUUCUUCGUACUGAAUAACUAAGACAUGGUUGGUGGUCAUAUCAUGUAUUACGAAGGUGGUGGAUUUUUAGAAUAUAUGUAUCUUGAUGAU